AUGCCACCACCAUCAUCAAGCAAGAAGAAGAAAUCAUCAUCAUCACCAACAAAAUCAACACCUUCAUCUAUACUCUCUGGAUACAGUCCACUUCAUCGGGAAGGAUAUUUAGCCUUUGUUCAUUUCUUUUUCAACACCUUAUCCAACUUGGAAAAACAAGGACGAUUUGAACAUCGGGAUUUAUUGAUCUCAAGAUUCCUCUCAAGGCUGAGUGUGGAGGAAUUACGGAAUUUGAUUGAUUUCUAUGGAUUGGUGAAUCCAACCAUUGCUACACUCGUACAAACUCAUAAACGAAAAUAUGAACCAGAAGAAGAGGCUUCUCCUUAUAAUGUAUCGAAAGAAAGAGAACGAUUAAGACAACUCGUAUUGUCGCAACCUUUUGUAACAAAGUUUGCAAGGGAUGAUGGGAUUGAAAUGAAGGAAAAGCUCCAUGCCUUCAAUGAUGUGCAUCCGGAGGAUGAUAAAGAGGAACAAAAAUUGGAAAUUUGGGAGCAGGGGAAUGAGGAAGAAGCAAAGAAAAGGAAACAAUGUUAA